GAUGUGCUUGGGCCCGAUUUCUUUUCGCGGCAACCUGCACUUCUGGGAUAUCACGGAGACCGGGCUGCGGCUGCAGCGCUGGUGGCGUCGCAGAGUCCCAGCCUAUCGGAGCUCAUGGGGGUCCAAUGUUUGGGCGAGUCCAUUUCCGCCUUGGCGUCACGUUGCCUACUCUCAGGAUUUGUGGGCUUCCUCUCUGGCCCUCCUCUUGUUGCGCUUUGGGAGGAACUGCUUCAAGUGCGUUGCGCUGACUUCCCGCGCCUCCCUCUAAUAAGCUGGUUGGCAGGGCUGGUGCACCACGCUGAAAGCCAGCUGGCAUCGGCCUUGGUUGGUCUGUCCAGUGAUGAAGCUGUGCCGGUCUUCUUUCGAACAGUUCAGCAAGCUGCUAAAGCACUGCCGAACAACUGGCGCCCUCGAGUGCGAGUCUCACGCGCUCAAGUCCUGGAGCUGCGGCAGAUCUCGAAGGCGGCCGCCGAGAAGUACCGAAGUGCCCAGGAAACACUAAGUCUGAAGGAGAUGCAUGCGAAGAACGUGUCGGCCUCCUUGGACAGGACUUGCUCGGCGCUCCUCGAUGCCAUGAAGUUUGCUGAAGGAGUCAGCAGUGCAUCCGCCACAGGAUCAAGUGAUAGCCUUGUAGCAUGGUCUUGGAGCUGCAUGGAAGUUAGGCGAAGUGUGGGGCAAAGUCUCACAAUGGAGUGGCUCCCAGAGACUUUUACCAUGCUUUUCAUGGGCAUCUGCGAGCAGGCCCUGGCUACACCGGCCUAUCUGGACUGGAGGGAUAUUCUUGUCGAGGAGGGUUUGCCGCCGCUUGCCGCUUUUGCCCGAGCCGAGCAGUGUACUGUUCGCCUCACCGAAGAGAGCGGCUUGGUCGGGACUCCUCGUCAGCGAUAUUUUGCCAGCCCAUUUGUACAACCUGGUGCAGAGGGUGGCUGGGCAUACCCACCCGACACUGGUCCGUGGCACGGAGCUUUGGCUGGUGUGGCGUGA